CCAUCGGCGGCCCAAUCUGGUUACUAUAUAUCAUAAACCUAGCUCGUUUAGGGCUUCACUUGGCGGCCGUCGGUAUCUGAGUUCUCAAAGUCUCUGCAGCACCCGAGAUUUUUAACUAAAUCGAAAAUGAGUCGAGGAGGUGCAGCCGGUCCCAAGGGGAAGAAGAAGGGAGUAACCUUCACAAUCGACUGUUCGAAGCCGGUGGAAGAUAAGAUUAUGGACAUUGCUUCUCUGGAAAAGUUUCUUUUGGAGAGGAUUAAAGUCGGAGGCAAGGCUGGAGCUCUUGGCGAUGCCGUCUCUGUUACUCGUGAGAAGAGUAAAAUUACCGUCACUUCUGACAGUAAUUUCUCCAAGAGAUAUUUGAAGUACUUGACCAAGAAGUACCUGAAGAAACACAAUGUGCGAGAUUGGCUACGAGUGAUCGCUGCGAACAAAGAUAGGAACGUUUACGAACUCAGGUACUUCAACAUUGCCGAGAAUGAGGGAGAGGAAGAGGAUUAAAUUUAUGAAUUUGACAUUGCAUUUAAGGAACAAAUUAUGUCGCAGCAAUCUCUCACUGUUUUUGUUACUACUGUUGCUUGUGUGAUCCUUUAUUUUUUUCAUUCGAACUAAUGCAGUUUAGCAAUUUUGUUUUCUUCGACAGUCUUAGAUUGCUGUUGUUUUUGUGUCAUAUUUGAGCAACACCAACAAUUUUUCACUCACAACCA